GCGUUAUUUAACUAAGUAAUUAUUUGUUUAAUAUUAUUACUGUAAAGUGUUUAUCGUUACGUCGUGACCUAGAACGCAAUAAUGGUCGCGAGUAGUAUUAAAAUUAGCUUAUUUUUGAUUAUAUUGUCUACUGUGGUGUUUUUCAUCCAUCAGUUUUUGUACACAGUGCCGCCUAUUCCACAAUAUGAAGAAAAAUGGUGGGGAUCGGAGGAAUCGAAGAAGGUGGAUAAGAGUAUUAGACCGUUCAAAAUAAAUAUGUCACAAGAGGAUCUUCAAGAUUUAAAUUAUCGACUUAAACAUACAUUACCUUUUCAAAGACCAUUGGAUGGAGUCAAACAACAUUAUGGCAUGAAUACUAACCUCCUUCAAAAUAUAACUGAAUUUUGGAGAACAAACUAUAACUGGAAAGAACGAGAAACGUUUUUUAACCAGUACCUUCACUACCUCGUUAAUAUUCAAGGUCUAGACGUGCAUUUUGUUCACAUUAAGCCAAAGGUAUCGACAAGUUUGAAAGUGUUACCGAUGAUAAUGCUGCAUGGGUGGGUUGGAUCAGUACGGGAGUUUUACGAUAUUGUUCCUUUGUUAACCACGCCGCAAGAAGGAAGAGAUUUUGUUUUUGAAUUAAUUAUACCUUCUUUACCAGGAUUUGGCUUCUCAGAAGCCACGAACAAGCCUGGGUUAGGUGCAUUUCAUAUGGCAGUCAUUUUGAAAAACCUUAUGUUGAAGAUUGGUCACCAAAAAUUUUACCUCCACGGUACUGACUGGGGUAGCGUUAUUGCUCAACAUAUGUCAGUGUUAUUUCCUCAGCAUAUCAUCGCAUUCCACUCAAAUUUUUGCGUGAUCGACACCGCAUUAUCAAAUUUAAAACUGUUUAUAUACAGUUUGUAUCCAUCGCUAUUUGUGAAUAAGUUGGAAGAAGAAAUUAUGUUUCCGUUAUCAAAGAGAUAUACUUAUCUUCUUGUCGAAAGCGGAUAUUUCCAUAUUCAGGCAACCAAACCUGACACAAUUGGUGUUGCUCUGCGUGAAAGUCCAACAGGGCUGGCUGCCUACCUACUGGAAAAGUUUAUAACGUUAACAAACACGACGUACAAAGACCUCGAAGAUGGCGGACUUGUCGAAAAAUAUACAUACACUCAACUUCUUGAUAAUAUAAUGGUAUACUGGAUGUCAAGAUCAAUCACUACUUCUAUGAGAAUUUAUGCUGAACUAUUUCACGAGGACAAUCGUGAUAAACUAAGAAUAGAAAGAAUACCAAUUAAUGUGCCCACUGGCUGUGCGAGAUUUCGAUACGAAGUGAUGUUCUUCUCCGAAGAUAUCUUAAAAGAAAAAUAUCCUAAUUUGAUUCACUUGACUUAUUAUGAAGGAGGACAUUUUCCUGCUUUAGAGACGCCAACAGUUUUGGCUAAAGAUAUAUAUACGUUUAUAGAGAAAACAUUUAGUAAUUAAGUAAACAAUCUGUGAUUAAACACAAAAUUAAAUAUUAAUAUUGGAUUUUAAAUAAAUAUUGCUUUUU